GAAGACUACAGAAGGAGUAUCACAACUUUAACAUGAAGAGUGGUGAAAUCCCGCAAGAGUACUUCGGGAGGUUUUCUAUUUUACGAAGUAGCCUAGCCUCGCACGGUACGAUUUACCCAGACAAUGAAGCUAACGACCACCUGGUGUCUGCCCUGUCGUCUGAUUACACCCUUGAGAGGAGGAUGCUAGACAAUAUGGCAGAUUUGACCCUUCAGAAGAUAGAGAAGUCCGUGAAGGAUGCCUAAGCGGACCUGGUGCGCGCGCGGGAGGAGGAGCAAAAGAGUGGCGUGGGGCACGCUUUCGUCGCUUCGGGUGCACCCCGGGGCGACGGAGGUGUCCAAAAUGGGUCGAGUGGGCACGGCGGCGGACAGGACG